GGAAAGUGAGACUUCACCCAGAUGCUCUCUAAUGCCAGUCACUAUCAACACCACCACCAAUUCAUACGCUAUCUUCCUCGCUACUAGCUCCCAAAACGCCUACAAUGACCUCAAGUUGACAGCAGAAAUCAGCUGAUAAGCAGUCAUCCUGAGGAGAGACGACAGUAUGUCUACAUCGCCCGCAAGAGAGGGGUCUGCCAAUGCUGGCUCUUCCAACGGUAACCUGGAUGAAAAGCCAAGGUUGUCGGAACACGAGAAGAAGGCAAAUCAUAUAGCAUCUGGUACAUAUUCCAUUCUCCUUUGUCAUAUCCUCUUUAUCUUUUCCACUCUUCCUCCUGGAAUUGCUAUUCUUCUGAGCUGCUAAAACUAACUUCCCCCAUAGAACAGAAGCGAAGACAAGCAAUCCGUGAGGGAUUCGACCGACUCACUGAAUUGGUACCUGGCUUAGAAGGUCAAGGACGAAGCGAGAGCGUGGUAUUGAAAAAGACAGUCGACUACAUGCGCGAGCAAUUGGAGGAGAGACGUCGAUUGGUGGAGAAAAUCGAGGGAAUGGGUGGACAGGUCGAAGAAGGGAUGAAGAGAUGACGGGACGAAGAGUUGGGCUUUACACUUAUCGUGCCCCGAAUCAUACAUCCACUAUCAGGAAGACAACUUUUGGUCGAUACCUAUUAUUGUACGUUGUCGGAGUUACCGGGGCGAAGUUGUUCAUUUGAUAUCCGAGGCACGACCUUGCUUCAAGUUUUGAGCUCUGUAUCGCAGUAUCCGAGAAUCAAACACAAAGAACUGCGAGAGUAACGGAGGGAAAUCCAAGACGAAAAGGAAAAGGGAUAUGGAAGAGGAGUGCCUGGCAUGGGCAACAAAAGUGGCGGUGCAAGUACAUACUUUGGCUCGUGGCUCUUCUUGGUCCGCCUUUCUAGGGAAACAUGAGUACUUAUUCUAGAAGACUUCCCCUUGAAUUCCCAAAGGGAAAUGU